GGAGGGGAGUUGCCGAGUAAUAAAUCGCUCCUCACUUGAACAGAAAAAAAAAUCCCUUCAUAACCGGGAAGAUCUCUCUCCCUCUCUCUCUCUCUCUCUCUCUCUGGUUUCUUCCUCCUGCGCAGACCCACACUGUUUCCUCCCCUUAGGCCAAUCACCAAAUCCAAGCUCUCUUUCUGUCUCUCUUUUCUGAGUUGUGCCAUCUAUCUAUCUAUCUAUCUAUCCAUGGUGACCUAAUUCUUGUUUUUCAGAUUGAAAAACUAAAUAAGGGGAGCCAUUUUUCCGGCUCCUUAGUGGGCACCAGUCAUCGAUUUCCAUCGGCGGAGGGGAGGGCGGGGGGGAUCGGUGCAUCUUCUUAUAGGAGAGAUCGAUCCGUGAAAGCCUUCUCUGUCGUCCCCGCCUCGAUGGCGUCAUCUUCGAAUUCGCCGUGCGCGGCGUGCAAGUUUCUCAGGCGAAAGUGCACGCCGGAAUGCGUCUUUGCUCCCUACUUUCCACCGGACAGCCCACAGAAGUUCGCUAACGUGCACAAGGUAUUUGGAGCCAGCAACGUGAGCAAGCUGCUGAACGAGCUACCACCUAGCCGGCGGGAGGACGCCGUCAACUCUCUCGCUUACGAGGCCGACGCCCGCUUGAGCGACCCCGUCUACGGCUGCGUUGGGGUCAUCUCCCUUCUUCAGCACCAGCUCAAGCAGCUCCAGGCUGACCUCCUUGCCGCCCGGGCGGAGCUUUCCCGUUACAUGGCCGCCGCCGGCAUCCCUGGUCCCCUUCCCCCUUCAUUCCUCCAGGCAGCAGCUGUAGCCGCGCACCACCAGCAGCAGUACCAGCACCACCACCACUCCGCGACGUCAGCUGCCGUUGGUAUUGGAAUGGGACUGCCGGGAGCGGCGUCCAGGGAGCAGUUGUACAGGGAACAGCAGCAGCAGCAACAGCAGCUACUGGAGUCGCAGCAGAUGGCCGUCGCUGUGGCGAUGGCGGCGAGGGAGCAGCAGGAGAUGAUGAGGAAUUACGAACAUGGUGGCGAUAUCGGGAGAUUCGGUGGUGCAGCUUAUGAUCAAGGAGUGGGUGCAGCUGGUGGUAGUGGUGCCGGCAGUGGCAGUGUUGGUGGAGGGUUGGGGUUUAAUGCAUUUGCUUUGUCUCCGGCAGCGUCGCCAUCGUCGUCGGGUUUCAUAAGCCCGAUACAGGCCCACCAUCAUCAUCAGCAGCAGCAACAGCAGAGAUCCGUAGGUGGGGAGGACAGGAAACCUUGUAGUAGCGGCAGUGUUGGUGGUGGUGGCGGCUGUGGCGGCAGCGGUGGUGCUGGAAGCACCGGUCUUUCCUCGUAAGGCGUUCGGAUUACUUCGCCGGUCAUCGUCGAUGACGGUCACCGGAAAUGGAGAUCCACAGUCCACACCAUUUUUUUCCCUGCUCACGUCUCGCUGAAAUUUCCCGGCAACAGAGAGUGACAAAGGAGAACUAAAGAGGCAUGUUAAAAGUUUUUCUUUUUGUUUUCUUUUGUAUUUUUCCUUUUUUGGUUUUCUAUACGUUUUGUCAAGGUAUACACGAUUCUUUAAAAAGACCUCAUUAAA